UGUUAAUAAAUGUGUCCGGCCGAAAAGGGAGAAAGAUUAGGGAGCUAGGUAGUAUAAUUUUCACAUCGUCAGACCCGUUCUGGGUCUAGAUCCAAAUUUUCAGGCCACUUCUCCAUCUCACGUCGCUUCUGCCGCCGCAGGUAUACAAUACAUCUCAACUGCCGGCUUCCAUCUAGUAGAGCAUAUCAGCAGAGCAGGCCACUCUGCCGCCACGUCUCAAGCAGCGACCAAUAGCCGCAGCCUUGUCAUCUCCCCCGCUUGACUUGGCUCCUCAUUGCCGCUUCCUCGACUCCACUUUGCUUCACCGCUGCUCUGCUCGCUUCGCCAGCUCCUACAGGUGCAGAAUAGAGUAAUACCAUUGCCAGAACAAGGUAGAAAGUGGCAUCUGGAGUCUAAUCUAACGUGAAUGGAUACCUUACAUGUAACGGGACUUCCCAUGAAUCAGGAGGUCGUAAGGUCAUGUGGGUCCGAGCCAAACAACGCCUCUGGUCUUGUUGCCCAUGCAAAGAAGCUCCUACACAGAAGGAUGUUGGUUGGUGUUAACGAUGGUCGCUUCUUUUCUGGUUCAUUCUAUUGCAUUGAUAAGCAAGGAAACAUCAUUCUUCAAGAUGCCGUUGAAUACCGAAGCACCCGACACUCUUCUCCUUCCCCAAUGGAACAACGAGGUUUGGGUCUCAUUCUCGUACCCUUCUCUUGUCGGACUUCAUGUCAUGUUGAUUGCUCUAUUGAAGAACAACUGUCUCUCAUGUCUUUCUAUGAGCUUAAUUCAAAGUCAUGAUGCGUAUAACUUUUGAGAUAAAUCUUCAUGUCAAACAUUUUUCCUCAUUUUAUUUUAACCUAUUUCCCAUUAUUAUUGUGUGCGUGUGAUUUCCCGCUCUAAUGCUCAAUGUUUACCCAUACAUUAUUUGAAUGUAAAAAAUGUCAUAUUUGCUAUGAAUGUUUUCCUUCUGAUGCCUUCUGCUAGCAUCACAGAUUCACAGAUGGGAUUGGAUAACUCUAGGAAGGACAAUCCUAGCCUCCUAGGGGAGUCAGAAUAUAUAGACAGCUAAGGAAGGAGAAACAAUAUUUCGAGCCCAUAUGAGUAUACGACUCGCUCAUCCCUUUGUUAUGGGUCUAUAUUUUCCUGAUAUAACUAAUACUUUAUUGAAUGUACUUUAUUACUUCAAUGGUUAAUGAUGAUGGCACAUCAAUGUACGUUGUUGGUGAGGCGUAAAAUCCAAAAUUAAAAUAUUUAUUUAGCAUGGACGAAAUUU